AAGUUUGAGAAUCAUUGAGUGCUUCGGUUGUGAGCAGAUGUGAGUGAAUUUUCCGGAAAAAUAAAAGUACAAACAAAAUAUUUGGGUGUGCAAAAUUUUCAAGUAAAAGUAAUCAAAAUUUCCUAGGCCGGUGGAAAUUGGAAUGUGAGUUUCUAUUCAAACUGUAAAGAAGUAUGUUGAAGUGAAUAUUUUGGAAACACAUACGCGCUUCGAGCAAAAAUGAUAAAAAAAAACCCAGCGGGCAUAAAUAAAAACGAAGAAGAAUUUACGAAUGACUUGUGCGUGUAGUUUCAAAAAAUUCCAUUUGCUUAAAUUUUCAUUGUUUAUAUGAAAUGAUGGCUUAAAUUUUCAGUAGAGAAAUGAAAACUGCGAAAGCAAAAGAGUGAAAAAUAAUUAAAAACCACGGAAAGAAUUGAUUAUUGUUAGUUGUAAUAAAAUUAAAUCAACUUAAUUGCAAGUAAAAAAAAUAUCUGCUUCACUCAAAAGAAGUGAUUGUGUGAUAUCCAAACAAAGAAAAACUAGCUACAUCAUAGACUCCACAAAGCGAAAAAUUGACGAAGAGAACCAAAAAAAAAAAAUUAACUAGAACAAAAAAAUCGCCGGUUGACAGUUCGUUUACGCAUGCAGUUUCCUUGUAAUAGAAUUAAAGAUAAAAAGCUAAAUAUUCUUCAUAAUAUAAUCAACAGCCGAGCGUCAUUACGCAUUAAAUUCGCUUUAUAAAAAUAAAAAAAAAUUAUCCUAAUUACUGUUAUAUUAUCUAAUUUUUAUAUAAAUUAAUAAUGUGUAACAGUUCCUUUUUUUGAUAACAUACUAAAGCUUUAUACAAAUUCUUCGUGCAUGCUUCCGGAAUUGUUGCUACGCGUACAUUUAUUCGUUGAUGACUUACUGAAAUCAAAGAACGAACUUAUACAGAUUGUCACCGAUUUUACAUUAUUCUCCUUCGAUCAUCUACAUCUGAUAAAACUCAUAGCUAAAAUGUCGACGGCAUUUCUUACCGCCAUAGCGGUCAUAAUGUGCAUCCUGUUUCGUAUACUAAACGUUAACAGUCAGCCGCUAAAACCAAGCGUUUGGUGUUUGGAUCAACAGUUUCUGGAUUGUAUUUAUAAAAUUGCACCAGUACUAAGAGAACCUUAUGUUCCCACGCGCUUAUGGGGUUUUAGUGGUCACGUACAAACGGUGCUGCAUAGCAUAGUAGGCCGUGUGAAAUGUCCUUGGCCAUUGGGCGAACGUGUCUAUCUAUUGCUACAGGAUGGCUCUACACUCACCUAUGAUCUCUAUCAACCGAUAAAUGAAGCUGAGGAUGAUGUCACCAUCGCUAUUUGUCCAGGUAUUGGCAAUACCUCGGAGAGUGUGUAUAUACGCACAUUCGUACACUAUUCACAAAUGCAUGGCUACAGAUGUGCCGUACUUAACCACAUCGGUGCACUGAAUAGUGUACAAGUCACAUCGACGCGCAUCUUCAGUUAUGGUCACACGGAUGACUUUUCGGAUAUGGUUAACAAUUUACAUAAGAAAUAUCCAAAUAGUCGCAUUGUGGCUGUCGGUUUCAGUUUAGGUGGCAAUCUUGUGACUAAAUAUAUGGGAGAAUCAACAAAGUCAAAACCGAACACCAUACUUGGUGGCAUAUCGAUUUGUCAGGGGUACAACGCAGAGGAAGGUACGAAGUGGCUUUUGAAUUGGCAAAAUUUCCGUCGCUUCUAUCUGUAUGUGAUGACGGAAAAUGUGAAGAGUAUCAUACUCAAGCAUCGUCAUGUAUUGCUGUCGGACGAGGUGAAAGCACGUCACAAUCUAAACGAACGUGAGAUUAUCGCUGCCGCUACACUGCCAGAAUUAGAUGAGGCUUAUACACGCCGUGUGCACAAUUUCUCCACCACACAGGAGCUAUAUAAGUGGAGUUCAUCACUGCACUUUUUGGACAAUAUCGACAAACCAAUGAUUUUCAUUAAUGCUAAAGAUGAUCCACUAGUGCCGGAGGAGCUUCUGCCACCUAUUAAAGAAUUCGCAUCGUCUCGCCCCAAUGUGGCAUACAUUGAAUUGGCUCAUGGUGGACAUUUGGGAUUCUAUGAAGGCGGCUUAAUCUACCCUAACCCAGUUACAUGGCUAGAUCGCACUGUAGUCGCCAUGGUAGGCUCCAUAGUAAUGCUACAUAUGGAUGCUGUGUCCAGUGCACAAAAAGUUGGUUAUGAAUAGGUGAAACAACACGCUUCACACGCAAAAACAUGUGGAAAUCGCACUUAAAUUAACAUAUGCGAUGAUAAUGCGAAUGAGGAAAGGUCGCAGUACAAUUAAGUUCUCUAAGCAUAUACUUAUGUACGUAGGAAAAAUGCACAAACCAUGAACAUUUCCUUUGAUAAAUUUUGUAAAAUUGAAAUGUUUACUUUUGUUGAAUUUUUAAUUCGUAUUUGUUCAUGCAAACAUCACAUUUGCAUUCGCAAAAAAAAUGAAAAAUAAUAAAACAAUAUGUUGUUUUCUGCAUUUGUUGUUUUUAUAUAAUUGUGCAAAAUUAAACGAACUUAAAUGUAUUAAAAAAAACUUAUUCAAAGGCUCUGAAUAAAAAAUUCCAUUUUUCCUAAAUAUAUUUUUAGGUUAAAUUAAUUGUAUGCAUUUGCCUAUCAGUUAUUUAUGUCAUAUUUUAUGUGUGUGUAAACUGUUUACAUACAUAUGUACAUACAUAUAUAUACAUACGUAAUCUUCUUUAUGCUAUUUUGCCUAUUUAGCCAUAGAAUUUUUCACUUUUAUCUUUACAGCAACUUAUAUAGAUUGUUGACUAUUUAUUAUUUUAUAUUUACAAUUGAUAAUUUUAGUACUUUUUUGCAACUCAUCAUAUCAUAAUAGCAACCAAACUGUUAUACCAUAAAUUUGCGCUCAACUUUGUUAAUAUAGCGUUUGUAUUACAUCUCAAAUUAGUUGUUGCACUGGUAUGAUAUUUAACUUUGUUAUUUAUAAUAAGUUAAUUGUUUAACUGAAGACAGUAACCUUUAACCAAAUUAUAAAUUACUCAAAAAAAUUAAAAAAAUGUAUAACUACCGGUCAAACAAAAUUUCACAAAAUUCGACUAUUUGCUUUCAGCUGCAUUUUAAAAUCCGUUAAAUGUUUAGUAUAGAUAUAUGUAUGUAUUAUAAAAAGUAAUUUUUAGAGACCGUAAAUAAUGAUUAUUGUUGCGUUUUUUAAAUGAAAAAAUCAAUAAAUUAGUAUCGACUUACAAAAAAAAAAAACAGUUAAUGUCAUUAAUCCUUUUUCGACAAGUAAGCAUUUGUUUGAUUAUUUAUUAAUUACGGAUUUUUAUGAUUUUCUUCACCGAUAAUGAUUUAUUUUUAUAAUAAUUCAUAUGUAAUUAUCUUUUAUAAGCAAAUAAUAAAAAAAAAGAACAAUAUAAAAAUCACAAAUAAUUAUUAUUUAUUUAUAAUUUAUGAUUUUUAUUUUGACUAAAGUCAUUAUUUAUGAAAUUUUUGGUAAAAAACGUUGAUUAUUUAUGAUUUGUUAUAAAAUUGAUGGAAAUUAUACAUUAUAGAUUAAUUUUUAUAAUACUUCAUAUAUAAUUAUUAUUUAUGAGCAAAAAGUAAAAAAUAAAAAAAUCAUAAAUAAUGAUGAUUUAUGAUUUUUGUUUAUGACAAUAAUCAUUAUUUAUAAUUUUUUUUUUCUGGUAAAAAGUUUGAUAAUUCAGGAUUUAUUAUAAAAUUAAUCAAAGUUAUUAAUUAUUAUAAAAUUAAGGGAUUACAUGUGUUUCGGGGCUUACAAGAAUGUUAUUUAAUUCUCUGUAAUAUUGUCUCAGUCGAGGUCAGCUACGUAGUAUCUUAUAGCUUAAAACGAGUUUUUCUUGAAACUAUGUUGUCAAAGACGAUUGUCAUGAUUACUCGCAAACUACUAAACCGAAUGACAUUUUAUGCAGGUCUUCGAGAUACAAUUUACAAGGACUUGAACAAAGGAUUAUUUUAGAUCAAUUACAACUAUAAAAAAAAAUCUGUAAAAAUUAGCAUUUUUUUAUGUUUUUCUUUGGGUCAAUUACAACUAUUAAAAAAAAAAUGUCGAGAAAUUUUUAGAAAUAAUUAAAUUUUUUUUAUAAAAACUUCUGCCAAAUAAAAAAUUUUAAUUUUUUUGUUUUUUCUUCAUCCAAUGCCCAGCUUAUGGUCUUAACUAAAGCGCUUAUUUCCUUUUUUAUUUUUGAAGAUUUUAUGAAAAGUUCUGCUGUUAAAAGCACAAAAUCGCUUUAAAACAUGUAACUUUGGAGCAAUAAAAAGUUUGAAUAAAAUAUUUAAUUUUUUAUACGAAAAAAAAUUAUUGAAAAUAGACCGUUUUUUCUCGAUGAAAUCCAUGUAACCGCUUAAUCAAAAUGAAACAUUAUCGAUGAAGAAAAUCGUAAAACUCAAAGUAAAAUCAUUAUUACGUGAUUUAAAAAAAAAGAACUUAUAAUGAUUACGGUCUCUGGUAAUUUUGCCGUUAAAGUCUAGCAAAUAAGAGUAAAAAAAUAUUUUUUUUGAAAGAACUUUCUUAUGAAAAUUACAACUGAAAUUUGUACUUAAGUUCUUUUAUGAAAUGUGAUGAUAAUAAAAGAAGCUUUUUUUAGUUUAAAUGUACGAUAAUAUUUUUAGUUUUAAUUUAAUAUAUAAGUUUACAUUUACAUUUUAAAUACAUAGUCACAACAACACUUGCAGAAACAGUUUACACUCAUUUAAAAAAUAAAAAGUUCAAUAUUAAACAUUGUCAUUUUUUUGUAAAAAAAGCGAAAAAACAAACCCAAAAAUAAACGUAACAAAGUAUUUUGCAAAGGCCUUAUUUUGAUAAGUAGCGUAAAAUUGUUCUUUUUCAAAUGACAUUUUUUAGACACUUUGUGAUUUUAUAACUAUUUUUUAUUAAAACACACAAACAUAGAUAUAUAAUGCAUGUAUAUUUCAAUAAUCUCAAAAAUUUUUUAAAAAUAUUUUUGCAAAACAAUACAAAAUGUUGUAAAAUUAAAACCAUUUAGUACUGAACACAUCUAGAAAAAUUAAAAAUCUUGGCCUUUAACUCAAACUGUAGUCACAGAAUCUAGCGACAACCAAAUAACUUUACCACCGGCUCAUAGUUUGCGAAAGCAGCCGAAAAUGUUCACCCCUUAAAGCCGUAUUAAACUAGAACUUUGAUAAAUGUCUUGUUAUAUUGCUUAAAAAAUAAAAAUAUUGAAAUAUUCACAACAAUAUGCGUGUGUUCAAUGCCGCUAUAAACAGAAAGAAUAAAUAAUAAUACCGAAAGUUGCUUGAUAUAAGAUAUAAAAUUAAAAACUAUCAACUAUCUCAAAUGUAUGUAAUUCAACAGGAAUAAACAAUAAAAUAAAAAAUAAUAAUAAUUAUAUAAUAAAGAAAGUUAUGAGAAAACUUAGAAUUAA